AUGGGCUACACUACCCCCCGCUGGGUCCGUCUGUGGCUCACAUUCUCCACCGUGGUCGUGCUGUGGGAUGCUGGCUACUGCUUUGCUCGCCCACGGUCCUUCCCCGGCGGUGACCUGUCGUGGAUCUGGGCUCCUUACAACAUGGUUCCCUACGCCAACGUUGACCUCAUCUACGGCUGGAAGGCGUUCAACGAGAACGAUGGCUUCACCAACGCUCAAUCUCUCCUCAACGUCUUUGAGGCGUUCUUGAACGUUGUCUGCGUCUCUCUCGGUGACCACCCCGCUGGCCCCGUGAUCGCGUUUGCCGUCACGCUCCUCACCUCGUCCAAGACCAUCCUGUACUUCCUCCAGGAGUACUACUGUGGAUGGUGCAACACUGCCCAGAACGAUCGUUUCACCUUCUGGACCGUCUGGGUCGCAACCAACGGCACCUGGAUUGUCGUGCCGACCAUUGCGGUUCUGGUCCUUGGCGCCGGCCUCAUCAAGGCCCUUUCGCCACCCAAGUCGGUCCUCUCAGUCCACGUCCAGGACAAGAAGGAGGCCAAGGUCCACCCCGUCGUCGAUGCCAAGGCCAUGUUCCCUACCCCCAUCCCCGGUGCGCCUCUCCCCAUCACCUUCCACCCGCGCGGUCGCACGACUCUUGUUGUUGGAUCGAACCACCUUGCGUCGACCCGCGUGUUCACGCUCCUGGAGGCGGACGCGGAUGUCCUCGUGACCAGCAACGUGGACCUUUCGGCCAUGCCCGAGGAGAUCCAGUGGCGCGUGCAGCAAGGCCAGGUGCGCUACGAGCCGUUUGACGGCAACGAGGCUUCUUGGAAGAAGUUCCUUGCCGAGCGCAAGGUGGCGCUGGUGUGUGUCACCGACACGCUCAUUGGCUCCCACCAGGCGGCUCCUGCAUCGCAAGUUGCCAUCUACGCCGCCGCCACCGACCUGUCCAUUCCUAUCAACGUCUCGGACCGCCCGCUCCUCUCGACUUUUACCUUCCCCUCUGUCCACCGCUUCGCCGGCGUCGAUGGCCCGUCCAACCUCCAGGUUGCCGUCAGCACCAACGGCCAGGGCUGCCGCCUUGCCGGCCGUAUCCGCCGUGACAUUGCUGCCAAGCUCCCCCCGAGCGUCGGCUCGGCUGUGGAUAACAUUGGCCAGCUCCGCUCGCGUGCCAAGACUCUCCUGUCGGAGGACGACCUCACCACCCCGCUCAACAAGCCCGUCACUCAGAACUCUCAGGACCGGCUGCGUCGCAUGCGCUGGGUUCACCAGAUGAGCGAGUACUACUCGUACGACCAGCUUGCCUCGAUGUCGUCUGCUGAAAUGGACCACGCCCUCGAGUCUGGUGGCGAAAUCUCGACCGUCCUCCCUCACCACGACGGCAAAAAGGGCCGGAUCCUUCUCGUUGGCUCUGGUCCAGGCCACCCGUCGCUCCUCACCGUCGCCGCUCGCCAUGCUCUGGAGAACGCCACUCUUAUCCUGUCCGACAAGCUUGUCCCCGCCGAGAUUAUCGCUCUGAUUCCCAAGACGACCAAGCUUCACAUUGCCCGCAAGUUCCCCGGUAACGCCGAGGGUGCGCAGAACGAGCUCAUGGACCUCGCCCUCGCUGGCGCCCGUUCCGGCGAGAUUGUUGUCCGCCUCAAGCAGGGCGACCCCUUCGUGUACGGCCGCGGCGGCGAGGAGGUCCUCCACUUCCGCGAGAACGGUUUCGAGGCCACAGUCGUGCCCGGCGUGUCGUCUGCGCUCGCAGGCCCCCUCAUGGUCGGCAUCCCCGUCACCCAGCGUGGCGUGGCCGACUCGCUCGUCAUGUGCACCGGUGUCGGCCGUGCCGGCUCGGCGGUCCAGCUUCCGGGCUACGUGAAAUCGCGCACCCUGUGCAUCCUCAUGGGCGUGGCGCGCAUCGAGGCUGUCCUCGCCGUCCUCACCGGCGAGGAUGUCGGUUCCGCCCGUGACGGCGCGCGCUACCCAGGCCACCUGCCCAUCGCCGUCGUCGAGCGCGCCUCGUCGCCCGACCAGCGCGUCAUCCUCUCCACGCUCGACGGCAUCGUCGGCGCCAUUGCCUCCGUCGACCAGCGUCCUCCGGGCAUGAUCCUGGUGGGUUGGGCUGCCAUGUGUCUCGAGGGCAAGGGCCGCGUGGACAUUCUCGACGGUGUGGACGAGCAGCAGGCCGUCGGCGAGUGGCUCGGUGGCAAGAGCUGGAAGACCCGCGAGGGUCUGCCGGCCGACUGGUCGUGGUUUGGCUCGUUCUAG